AUGCUGGAGCGGUUGAUGAAGUACUGGGGGCUGCCGCUGUGGAUGGUGCGGGCGGGGGCGGAUCCGCACUUGCGGCGGCGGUACUUAUCUGUGGGUUGCAGCAGCAGCAGCAGCAGCAGCAGCAGCAGCAGCAGCAGGAGGCGGCGGCGAGGUGUAUGUACGCUGCGGCUGCCGCGGGGGGUGCUGGGAGUGCGCGUGUGUCUGGACUUUUUGUUUUACUGGGAAGCAGCAGCAGUUGCUGCUGCUGCUGCGAUGUGUGGGGCGCACUUGGGGGUGCUGCUGUACUCUGUGCUGCAGGAGGAGGGCCCGCUGUGGGGCCUGGCGUACUUCCCGCUGCUGCUGCUGCUGCUGGGGGCCUCGGCGGUGCGGCUGUGCUGCUGCUGCUGCGUGCUGCAGCGGGUGCGGGACCUGCGGCUGGUGUGGUGGUCCAGACCAGUGGACCAGGAGCUGGCGAGUUUGCUGCGGAGUUGCUGCUGGCAGCUGGCGCGGCUGGCGUGGUGCUGCUGCUGCAGCGUGAUGUUUGCUGCGCUGCACGCCAUGUACACGGACGGCAGCUGCAGCGCGGCCGCACGCAGCAGCAGCAGCAGCAGCAGCAGCAGCAGCAGCGCGCCGCUGCUGUGCCGGUACAUGGCGGCGCUGGUGCUGGGCUUCCUGUCGCUGCUGGGCCCGAGCGUGCUGCUGCUGCUGCUGUCGGCCGCGGGCUUCCUGCUGGCGCUGCUGCUGCCGGAGCAGCAGCUGCAGCGGCUCUUCCGCAACGAGCCCCUCGCCAGCUGCGCGCUCCCGCUGCAGCUGCUGCAGCGCCUGCGGCCCGUGCCCUGGGCCCAGCUGCGGUGGGGGCCCCCGGGCGCCCCCGGGGCGCCCCCGGGCGGCGGCGGCCCGGAGGGGGCCCCCCAGGGGGGCCCCGAGGCGCGCCCGCAGCGGGACCCCGACGGAGCGGGGGCCCCCGGGGGGGGGGCCCCCGGGGCGGGGGGCCCCGGAGGGCGAGGGGGUUCAGUAGGGGCCCCCACUGCAGCGGGGGAGGGCGCGGACUGUGGGGCGGGGGCGGGGCCGGGGGGGCCCCCAGAGGGCCCCGGCGACGCGCUCUGCGGGGCCCCCAUUGAGGGGCCCCAGGGGGGCCCCAGUGGGGGGCCCCCCACAGUUCCUGCGCCGGAGGAGGCCCUGGAGCCGGAGGAGCAGCACCAGCAAAGCCCCAGCAGCUUCCUGCUGCAGCUACCCAGCAGCAGCAGCAGCAGCAGCAGCAGCAAGUUAGGGGAGAGAAACGGCGCUGCUCUUCGCGGCGGCCCCACAGCCGCCCCUUAG